UUUCCCCUGAAGCUUAAGUCAUCGCAUCUGGAAUACUUUCUUGACAUGACUCGUUUGCAGUAAAGUGCAUUAUUUUGAAAGAGUAAAACGGAAGUUCAUUCAGUAAAACGUAAAUAACGUCGGAGGGAUUUCAAACACGUCGGUCAUGUGUCGUUAAAUGAUGCGGUCCCACUCUGUCCACCAUCAGUUCCGCUUCUGCUGAGCCUGAAAAUAUCAGAUCACUUAGGGUGAGAGUUCUGUAGCAGAACCCGACAUGGGUCACAUUAAAGAGUCGGAGUCCGAGUCUGGGUUCUACAGUUGUACCAGAGCAACGUCGGCGGUGCUGGCCCACCUUGUCUGCAUUAUUUUCACCGUUUGCGUCGCUCUUCUGUCUCAUCCUGGCUCCAGCUUGUUUUCCUGGCACCCCUUCUGUAUGACUCUAGCUUUUUUCUUCAUGACAGAAGCCAUACUCGUUUUCUCACCCCAUGGCUCCCUCAUCAAAAGCUUUUCGCACAAGGCCAAAGGAUGCGUUCACUGGAUCCUGCAGGGCCUGUGUGUGUCCUGUGCAGUCCUGGGCCUGGCAGCCAUCUCAUAUAACAAACACCUGAACGCCAAAGCCCACUUCACCUCGUGGCACGGUCUGCUGGGCCUGCUCACUGUGUGUGUGCUGGGGUUGCAGUCGCUGGCAGCUAUGCCCCUCAUCUAUCAUUCCCUGGCAAAAGGCUGGUCGCUGGCCAAACUCAAGCGUUACCAUUCGGCCUCCGGUCUUGUCACCUACAUUCUCUGCAGCGUCAGCCUGAUCCUCGGCCUCUGCUCUGCCUGGUUCACUGCCUCCGUCAAAGAAUACACCUGGUACCUGUCAGCACUCUGCCCUGCUCUCAGUGUCCUCGCUAUAAUGAACCAAGUCACCAGCGCAUACAUGGCGAAAAAACGGCUCCAGUACUGACAGGAUAGAUGUCGAAACCUUUUAUAAAAUGUUCAGGGGGUACUGACAGUUUGAGCUUUGUCUGAAAUAUUGUCUUUCACUUACAUUGUUGUCAGUCUAAGAUGUAUAAAAGGGAGCUGAUGUUUAUAGUCAUAUACCUCAAUGACGCCAAGAAGCCGUGGCACAGAUAUGACAGAAUACUUUGGUUUUAGGUUCCUUUUUACUCAGGGUUUUAACUUCCUCGGGGGGACCUGUACAAUCACAUGAAGCGUUUUGACUGAUUUAAUGUUUUUUCCAAUGCUAACCUUACCUUUUAUAGUAUUUUGUGUUUAAUGAUAACAUGCAAAGAUGCUGAACCUGAUUUACGCUUAAAUAUCAGUAAGCAUCUGCACAUACAGCUGUUGGCUGUAACCUUCUGAUACAAUUUUUGACUAAACUGUUGUUCCAAAUAUGUCUGGAAAAAUACUUAACUUUUGUACAAAUAAAAGCUAUGAUAUCCGCCCCUG